CUCCUGGUGAGAGCGUGGAUGAGUGGCCUGUUCUUGGCCGAUGGGAUGUGCCAUGGCAGUGGCCAACCGUGUCCCUCACAAUGGUGGCCUGUGCAGUUAGUUCGCUUGUGACAGGAAAGGUUGGGCAAUCAGUUUUGGAGUAUGUAGGCUAUCAAGCCGGAGAGGCCACUAUUGAUGAGAAGGCCGGGGUACUCUUCUUGGAACAACUUAAUGUGACAACCGUAGCCAUUGCAGUUAUAUUUGGCAUCACCAAUACUUUUCGGCCAUUCUCGGAUGACAUACUUCGUUAUGAUUUUAAGGAACCAUUUAAGCUGCAAAACGGUUGGCUUCUGUGGGCUGGAAUUGGCCUCUUCUUUGCUCUAAUCUCCAUUGCUUUAGCUGGAUCUGCAAUGACCUUUCUGAAUGGUGAAAACACACAGAGAGAGACUGACUCGCUAGUCCUUCUAUUGCCACUGAUUGGAUCAUCAAAUAUCAGCACUGCCUGUCUCCUGGGCAUCACUGGGGUUCUUGCACCAAUUUUGGAGGAAACUGUGUUCAGAGGAUUUCUACUGGUAUCAUUGACUAUGUGGUUUUCUACUCCAGUAUCUAUUUUGAUCACCGCUGCGGUGUUUGCCUUGGCUCAUCUUACACCAGGAGAGUUUCCACAACUGUUUGUGCUUGGUGUGGCACUAGGAUUCUCGUAUUCUCAAACUCGCAAUCUUCUUACUCCUAUCACAAUUCAUGCUGUAUGGAACAGUGGAGUAAUAUUGCUGCUAACCUUUCUUCAGCUGCAGGGAUACAAUAUCAAGGAGCUGUUGCAGGCAUCUUAAAUGUUUUAUUUGGUCAGCUUAUCUCACGCUAAAUUUUGUAUAAUAUUAUAAAAUAAAUAAAUAUUUAGAAGAACAAUGCACGUUUUAGAUUAUCCCCUUCUAACCAUUCAGAAUUGA